AGGAAAGCUGCAUUUCUUGUAUAUGACAAAAAUAGGAUGGUGGCAAAUAAGCCGAGAAAAUAGUUUUUGAAAAUUACUGUCAUUUGUAUGGGGUGGGCAAAGUAUGAAAUAGACUUAAUCUUUUACAUAAUGAAUAAAGGAGUUAGUACUAUAAAGUGCUUUAGAACAAUGACUGGUGUACAUCAAAUACCAAAUUUGCUUUAUUUGAAAGAAAUCCAGAUAAUCUUAAUUUGUAAGGUUGCUAAUGGAACUCGUAGCAAUCAAUUCUCAUAAUAGCAUCUAAAAACAUUUUAAAAGAAUGUAAGCCUUUGGAAAUAAAGUGUCGUGUUUCCUUAUGAUUCUAUCAUUAAUACUGGUGACAUUUUGUGUGAGCAUAAGUUUACUUUGAUUGUAUCAACCUUCUUGCAAUCCGCUCUAGUUGAAUCAGUAUUGAAUGAUCAACUCUAGUAUGCUCUAUACGAGACCGUGUGGGAGAUGGGCAAAUUAUUAUAACAAAAUAAUAAAACUAAACAAUCAGAAUUUAGUAAUUAUAAAAUGAUAAAAAUUAAACUCCAUGAAGUAGCAUUUGAAUUAGCAUGAGUUUUCGGAUAGCACGGAGAGGCAAGAACACUAGUAUAUAAUGUUCGUGGACUCCAAAAAAACCUCAUUACCAGAAAGUGCUCCGGAUUUGAGAGUUAGGGCGGCUUCUACCCCAAUUAAGAAAAUAGUGAAAAUUUGCCUCGCUGCAACUCAGUUAGAAUGAAGGAGAGCUGGGUUUUUCACCACCCUAUCCAGUGUCCUCCAACGGUGCCCGAGUGGACAGGCGGGCUUCUUCAAGUCCCGCUGCACUUGUUAGCUCUGCAGAGGCUCGCACUCAAAGCCGGGCUGAGAAUGCGGGGACCUCGGACUUGCCCAGCCUCUCAAGCAAGCAUAGCACUAGGGUAGGUUCUGCAACUCGGCUCUUGCCACGCCUCCUCGCCCUGGCUGACGGAGGUUCCGUGGCUCCCUGGCGCCCCCUGGUCUGGUUCUGCGGGGUAGGUUUCCGGUGAGCCUCUACCCGUACCGGACAACUCCCUCCUCCUGGGCAGCUACCAUCUCUGUGGCUUUGCCUGACCCCCCUGUUCCAGGUGGGACUUGUCCCGUGAACUGCGGUGCCUUCACCAUCCCCUUCGCGUGGUUGUCCGGCUGCAUAUGCCUCUGUAGCCCUGGCGCGCUGUGGGCGCUUGUGGGUGCUCCUGACCGCUCCUGGUGCGGCUCCGUGGCAGACUGCAGCCAUCCGCUGGGCCCCCGGCGCUCCGCCCCUUCACGGCCUGUGGGAAUCCAGUCAAGGGAUGCAGGAGUGGAGGGAGCCAGCUGCUUUGUGCUGAAGGAAAAAGUACCUCAUCUGGUAAAGCUUCUAUCUGCUGGAGAAGGGCCCCACCCCUCCCCCGGGGGACUUGCAGGAAACACCACAAAAGCCUCUGCCAGACCGGGGAUACCAGUAGCUGCCUGCUUCUAGUUUAUGCAAGUGGGGGUGUCUAAUCUGUGACCCGUGGCCGCAUGCAGCCCAGGAAGGCUGUGAAUGCAGCCCAAUACAAAAUCGUUUGGAGGUUGCUAUGUUAAUGCUGCUUGUCUUUGGAAUAUUGCUUCAUGACAUCCCACUGAGUAGCCAAGAUGAGGCUUUUCCAGGAGCCCAUGGCAUUCCUGGUGAACCUUUGUUUAACUAUGCCAGCAUCCGCUUGCCAGAGGAACACAUUCCCUUCUUUUUAUACAAUAAUGGGCAUAUUGCCAUGGUCUGCAAGAAAGACUCCCAUUGUCCUUAUAAGAAACACUUAGAAAAUCUAAAGUACUGCUGGGGCUAUGAGGGAUCCUGCAGACCAGAGUUCAGGUUCAGUUACCCUGUUUGCACCUACGUCGACAUGGGAUGGACAGACACUCUGGAGUCAGCCCAGGACACGUUCUGGAAGCAAGCUGACUUUGGAUAUGCUGGAGCGCGGCUGCGGGAACUGCAUGUGCUCUGCCAGCCUGAGCAAAUGAAUGACUCAAGUUUGGUAUGUUCCCGUUACCUUCAGUAUUGCAGAGCAGUCAAUCUCUAUCUUGAUUUAAGAAACAUCAAGAGAAACCAUGACAGAUUUAAAGAAGAUUUUCUCCAGACUGGUGAAAUUGGAGGACACUGUAAACUUGACAUUCAUACAUUAAUGUCGGAAGGUCAGCGCAAAAGCCCUUUACAGUCUUGGUUUGCGGAGCUCCAAAGCUAUACUCAGCUCAACUUCAGACCUAUAGAAGAUGCUAAAUGUGACAUUGUUAUUGAAAAGCCAACCUACUUCAUGAAAUUGGAUGCAGGUGUUAACAUGUAUCACCACUUCUGUGACUUUGUCAAUCUUUACAUCACUCAACACGUCAACAAUUCCUUUACUACAGAUGUGUACAUUGUGAUGUGGGACACGAGCUCCUAUGGAUACGGUGACCUGUUCUCUGACACAUGGAAAGCAUUUACUGAUUAUGAUGUGAUACAUUUGAAAACUUAUGAUUCCAAAAGGGUUUGUUUUAAAGAAGUGAUUUUUUCACUACUCCCUCGGAUGAGAUACGGGCUGUUUUAUAAUACCCCUCUGAUAUCUGGCUGUCAAAAUACUGGAUUAUUCAGGGCAUUUUCCCAGCAUAUACUACACAGAUUGAACAUCACACAAGAGGGACCCAAGGGUGGAAAAAUUAGAGUCACCCUUCUUGCACGGAGCACAGAAUACCGGAAAAUACUAAACCAAAAUGAGCUUGUAAACGCACUGAAAACGGUAUCUACAUUUGAAGUCCAGAUUGUCGAUUACAAGUAUAAGGAACUUGGGUUUUUGGAUCAGCUAAGGAUCACCCACAACACAGAUAUAUUUAUUGGAAUGCACGGAGCUGGUCUUACCCAUUUACUUUUCCUGCCAGACUGGGCUGCAGUAUUUGAGCUGUACAACUGUGGAGAUGAGCGUUGCUACCUGGACCUGGCCAGGCUCAGAGGCAUACAUUAUAUCACUUGGCAAAGACAGAACAAAGUCUUUCCUCAAGAUAAGGGUCACCACCCAACUCUGGGGGAACAUCCAAAGUUUACCAACUACUCUUUUGAUGUAGAAGAAUUUAUGUACCUUGUCCUUCAGGCUGCAGACCACAUAUUGCAACACCCAAAGUGGCCAUUUAAGAAAAAACAUGAUGAGUUGUGAAUGUGCUCAGUCUGUUUGCAGAAAGCGGGUGUUUGAGCCCUGCCACUCCCAAUUUAGUCAGUAAAACAAAUGGUAUUUCUUAGCCCUCAAAUGAUCUGUUCUAUACCAAAAUAUGCCUUCAGGAGAUUGCUUAUAGGUUUUUUACUGUUUCAUGUGAUUUUUGUGUCAUUGCUAUUUAUCAAGAUACUCUUUUUGUACUGAAAACUUUUACUUUUUGUAGCUCAAAAAUUGGUCAUGGUCUCACUGAGUAACUGAGCUUUCCUCUUAAGUAGUCAACUUUCUUAGCUUUAGAAUUUGUAAAUGUUUUUGUAGAAUACAAUGGGAUUGUUCAUUCCAGAGACUUUCAACUUGUUUAUGAUAUAUUUAAGUAAGUUCACAACAGCUUCUAUUUGCCAUAAUUUAUUCAUAGCACUGUUUGUGGUAGGAAAGGAAGACAUGCAACAAACACACACAGUUUUUGAUUCUCAGUACCAAGCUAUAGGAUCAAGUAGUAGAUCGAACGGUGCUAUAACCAGAUCCUUUUUUACUCUAUCAGAGUCCAAAUUAGCUCCCACUGAAUUCUCUGCUGUAUAUUUUCAGUUGAAGGCAGCUUAUAGAAUCAAGAGCCUGAAUGAAUCAUGCUGCUAUAUUCAUAUGUAUUCACAUAUUUCAUAUGCAAAUCAGUUUCCCCCAAUGCACUACAUAUGAUAAAGACAAAUUAGAAUAUUCUUUAGGACUGUUCUGUGUACCUUUUAGCUGGUUUGCACUGGCUCCUUAGCUGUGGAGAGCACUUCUGUAUCAAACCAUGGCCUCCAGUGUGUGCACUUGCUGCUGCAGUGUCUGUGCAUUCACCCACCUCUUUCACAUACAGGCAUGGCAGUGUUUUUGCAAACUUUAGAUUAGCUAUGUAAGAAGAAUUGCUGCGGUCCAGCCGCAGCUAGGUCCAGGGUUUCCUGAAAGGUGGGUAAGGCGUCAGCGAUGGGAGACAGACGACAACACGCCUCAGAGGACAGUGAUGCUCUGUUCCGUUUAUUGCAAGUACAAGCAGGUUUUU